AUGGGCGGCCCCUGGAACAGCAGCGACGGCGCGGACGGAGUGCUGCUGCCCUGCGACGAGCACCUCUGCUCGCCCUUCCCCCUGGGGACGCUGGUGCCGGUGACCGCCGUGUGCCUGGGUCUCUUCGCCGUCGGGGUGAGCGGCAACGUGGUGACGGUGCUGCUGAUCGGGCGCAACCCGGACAUGCGGACCACCACCAACCUGUACCUGGGCAGCAUGGCUGUGUCCGAUCUGCUCAUCCUGCUCGGGCUCCCGUUCGACCUGUACCGCCUCUGGCGCUCGCGGCCCUGGGUGUUCGGGCAGCUGCUUUGCCGCCUCUCGCUCUACGUGGGCGAGGGCUGCACCUACGCCACGCUGCUGCACAUGACGGCGCUUAGCGUCGAGCGCUACCUCGCCAUCUGCCGCCCGCUCCGCGCCCGCGUCCUCGUCACCCGGCGCCGCGUCCGCGCGCUCAUCGCGGCGCUCUGGGCCGUGGCGCUGCUCUCCGCGGGGCCCUUCUUCUUUCUGGUGGGCGUCGAGCAGGACCCAGGCGUCCGCGUGGUCCGGGACCCUAACGGAAGCGCGCCGCUCACCCCGUCGCCCCUCGGGGCCUCGCGGGCCCCACCGCCGUCCCCGCCGUCGGGGCAUGAGGCCGCCGCCGCCGCGGCGCUAUUCAGCCGCGAGUGCCGGCCCAGCCCAUCUCAGCUGGGCGCACUGCGCGUCAUGCUGUGGGUCACCACCGCCUACUUCUUCCUGCCCUUUCUGUGCCUCAGCGUCCUCUACGGGCUCAUCGGGCGGGAGCUGUGGAGGAGUCGGGGGCCGCUGCGAGGCCGGGCCGCCUCCGGGCGCGAGAGGGACCACCGGCAGACGGUCCGCGUCCUGCUGGUGGUGGUUCUGGCAUUUGUAGUUUGCUGGUUGCCUUUCCACGUCGGCAGAAUCAUUUACAUAAAUACAGAAGAUUCUUGGAUGAUGAACUUCUCUCAGUACUUUAACAUUGUUGCUUUGCAACUUUUCUAUCUGAGUGCCUCCAUCAACCCGAUCCUCUACAACCUCAUUUCAAAGAAGUACAGAGCAGCGGCCCGGAACCUGCUGCUGGCCAGACAGUCUAGACAGUCCAGACAGAGAAGUGUGUGCAGAAGCGGAGACACGGAGGGGGACACAGGAGGAGACACCACUGGCUACACAGAGACAAGCGCCAAUGUGCAGACAUCGUCCACUGGCAUGGCCAAACAAGUCGCUUCCUCUCACAAGGCUGGGACUUCAGGGAAAACAGGUCUGUAGGGAAAGGACUGGAAGUGGGGAACUGAUGCCAUUAGGAAGAGCUGGGAAGAGUGGUAAGGAUUUUGCAACUUGAUCAGCAACUUCAUCAGCAUGAUUUUUUUUAUUAUUAUUAAACCAAUGCAGGUAAUUUAACCACCUUCUGUGGAUGUACCCCUCGAAGAUGCUGAUUUCAGCCUUGGGAAAUGCCACAUCACAAACUGUGCUCUGGGGAGGUUUUUUAAGCCUUCGUUCUCCUAAGACUUGGGAAACAUGAUUCCUCUUUUUCUGGUUAAUAAGUCGUACAGAGAGAUGCUGCUGUGAAAAUUUUCACUUCUGAGAUCAGGGGUGUGUUUGUAUUUUCAUGUUCUGGAUAUACAUGUACGGGUGCAUAUACAAGGAGCCCAGGAUAAUUAGAGCUUUUAUUCCAGAAAUUACUUAAGGCAAAAUUUUUUAGAAGCCAGUGAAAGGAAUUCUGGGUAGAGGCCAGCUUCCAGGGUUCCCACCUCACUCCUGGCUGAGAACAAAUCAUAGAGUGAGGGACAGUACCAUCUUUCAGAACUUCAGUGCAUAAGCGUGUUGCAGCCCAUUUGUCCCUGAGUCUGCCCCCCAGGAUCUCCCAGUGCCACGGCUGUGUGGUGGUGGACCCCAGCAUGGAAGCCUGAGGGCAGGGAGCAGCAGCAGGACUUGGCUUCCCUACAAAGUGACUACUCAUGACAUUUAUAAAGAUGGUUAUUAUCCCUUAUUUUCCUCAACUCAGUGGGAUACCUGUUGUCAUCAUUCCUGGUUUACAGGUGAUGGAAUCGAGUCUUAGAUGUCCUAGACAGCGACUGGUGGGCCUGAAGCUGAACACCCGCCAGUCUUUAAGAUUUUCAGCCUCCUCCCAUCCAGAGACGUGGUACUCACAGCAUCUGUGCAAAGAUGCAGGAAUCAGUGGAUGAAAGGAGUCGGGGUGAAAGAGAAUGUGUCGGACAUUCCAACCAACAGCUCUGUUACUGUUUUGUGUUUUACAGUUUAUUAUU